AUUACAUUCGCAUGUUCUGCGCGGGGUCCCUGGAAGCGCUGCCCCCUGUGUGAGGCCCCCGUAGCAGACUGCAGUUGGUACCUGCCGGCCUCGCAGCCGUUGGCAGCACUGACUGCGUGCCACAGCCCAGGCGUCUGUCGCAUUUGUAGCGAGUCGUGCACAGUGUGACGUUCUGCGUUGGGAUUUCGUGCUGCUGUUUCUGCGCCGAGAAUUUCUUCUGCUACACCCACACCCUUAAUAAGGACCACCCACCAUGUCGGCAGUUACGGAGGUUCAGAACAACACAACCGAGGCCCUGGCCGCCCUGCUAGACGGGGGUGAAGGCUCCCUGGUGACGCUGGUGGCGGGCGAGACGAGGGUGGCGGCUCACAGGGCCGUGUUGGCAGCCGCGAGCCCCGUGUUCGCAGCGAUGUUCGCGCACGACAUGCUGGAGGCCAGCUGCGGCCAGGUGAGCAUCGACGACGUGGAGGGCCCGGUGCUGAGGCUCCUGGUGGCCUACACGUAUACCCUGCAGGCCCCCCAGCUGCCCGACACGGCCGCCCAGCUGCUCUCGGCGGCCGACAAAUACGGCUUGUCGGCCCUGAAGGCUGCCUGCGAGCGGCAGCUGAUGUCGCAGUUGGCCGUCGAGACCGCAGCGGCGACGGCCGUCACGGCAGUGAGGCACUCGUGCCCGGACGCCACCAGGGCUGCCGUCGCCUUCAUAAAGGACCACCUGCAGGUGAUGGCCACGCGGGGCUGGGCGGACGCUGUGCUCGAGUACCCGCAAGAAGUCAUUGAAGUCAGCAGUAUGCUCGGAGAGCCACCAGCAGAAGCCAGCUCGCCGGCCGCCACAGGGGGCGGGUCCACCCCCAACUCUGACAGUCAACCCCACAGCGGCCACAGCCGGACUCCUGCUGCAGCUGCGCCUCCCACGUCUGCCCGACACACCCCUCCACCUGAUGACGCAGCCGUCUGUCGCUUCCGGAGCCUUUCUGAGGAGGAGCGAGGCAGGAGGCUGAUAGAGGCGGCUAAGGAGGGGGAGGUGGAGGUGGUGCGGGCGUUGCUCGCGGCUGGGGCGGACGUGGGGUCGAGGAGCGGGGCCGGGGGGACCGCCCUGCACUGGGCUGCAUGGAGAGGCCACGCGGCUGUGGUGCGGCUGCUGCUCUCUGCGGCGUCCGACCCCAACGCCAGGAGUCAGGGGGGGGAGACGCCGCUGCACUUGGCGGUAUGGAAUGGCCACGCAGAAGCGGCGGCUGCGUUGCUGCAGGCCGGAGCCGACAGGGGGGUGAGGACUAAUAGUGGGAACACCGCCCUGGACAUCGCCAGGCGGUACAACCAUCAGGAGAUCGUCAGCAUGCUAACACAGAGUUAAUACACGCCACUAGAGGAAAUGGCAUCCUGCACUUCAUUCU